AUGCUGUUGCCCACCGAUCGAUGGCCUAUCCUGCUGAUCCUGCUGGUCUCAGCCUUCGGCUUCUCAGUCCAAGCUUUCUUGGUAAGGUGCCUCACGCUGGAAGAGGUUGGUUCUUUCCAGAUCCUCACCCUCAGAGGAUUUGGACAGGUGCUUGGCUCUUGCCUUUGCCUUUCUGCAGAAGGCGUUCGGGUGAAAGCAUGGUUGGGCACCACUUCCAGCGAUCGCAUGGCGUUGCUGGGCCGAGCUUUCAUUGGCUACCUGGCCCUGUGCUUCAGCGUUUGGUCCGUUCACUUCAUGCCCUUGGCCGACUGGCAGAUUUGGGAGCAGACGGCGCCCAUGUUCUCGGCGGCCUUGGCCCGGGUCUUCCUCAAGGAGCACUGGAGUGGCACAGAGUUCUGGGGUGCGCUGGGAGCGGUCUUCGGUGUUGCUUUGAUGGAAGGUCAGCCGGAAGGUGAGCGGUCUUCGAACUCCAGUGACGGAACUCUCGGAGCUGUCUGCUGUGGUUUGCUGUCUGCUUCCUUCAGUGGUGGAGUCUAUGCGCUGGUGCGUUUUUUGGGCACCUCGCAGGUGCAUUGGGCCUCCACGGUGCUUUCCCAGAGCGUUGGGCUGGUGGUUUUCUCUCCAGUGGCGCUUGCCAUCUCAAGACCACUGAGGAUCCUCAGCCGCCAGCAGGCUGCCUUUGUGUUGGCGAUCACCCUAGCGGCCUUUGCUUCACAAGCGGCGAUGACCAAGGGGAUCGCUCUGGAGAAGACAGCUGUUGGAGCAAUGGUUGUACAGAGCUUCAUUCCUGUCUUUUCAUUUGUUUGGCAACAGCUCUUCUUCUUGCCGAACGCUGCGUUCACUUGGCAAAGCCUGGUUGGCUUGGCUAGUAUUUUCAUGGGCGUCAGCCUGGUGGUGAAGGGUCAGAGGAAGAUGGAGUACCAAGAGGUAGCAGCUGAUGACAAGAAGGAGACUGGUGACGAAAGCCCCAAUCAGAAUGUUCAGUGCAUGUUCACUCCCGAUGACCAGAUGUACGGGAAGAGGAGUUUCUUCCACGAGGGCCCUGGCGUCCAUCGUGAAGAGGAGAUGAUGGAGACGCUGCAAAGAGAUGGCUUUAGUCGAAGACAGGCGGAAUUGGCCUUGACAGAGGUUCAGUGGGCCAGUCCAGAAGCAGCACUUGACGUGCUUCUGGACGUGAAACUUCAGCUCUCCUCUGCUGGCAAACCCUUAGACCUUGGAGUAAAUGCUCCAACGCUGAGGGCUGUGGAGGAAGAAUGA